CUCAGAGUGUCACAGAGCCUAAACACAACAGCAGAGAGUAAAGCACCUGGGAAGACUUGUCUGCAUCUAGUUUGAUUGGAUCUCAAAUUUGGAGAACAUCAGCUGAUUUGAGUAGAUCAGGGUUAUCAUUUCAACCAGAAAGGAAUCAAAGGAAUCAACACAAUGAUCAUAGACGAAAGGAAAGAAAGCAAACAGCUGCCAGUUAAAGACACCAGUGUCAAGCUGGCUCGCCAAGAAAAGGAUCCAGAGGUUCAGCAUGGGGCCCAUCCCCGGGAGAAGCAGGUGAAUGGUGAUGGCCCCUUAGACUCCCCCACCAAUGACAAAACGGUACGAGCCAAGCUGGACUGGACGGUUCCCAUGUGUGUGCAUCUGCCCAUUGAAAUUCUGAGCCUUGACCAGGCAUUUCCGUUUCUGAACACUACACUUGCUGACCUGGGCAUCGAGGAAUCUGCAGUGAAGGAACGCGUGGUGUGGGUGGACACUAAGCGCACACGGGUGAAGGGGAAGUCUGGGAAGCUGAAGAAGGAGAAGGAAGUGACCGUUCUGGAGGUGCGUGUGAAAGCGCAGCACCCUGGAGAGCGUCAGAGUCAGGAGAUUCUCUACAGCACCGAGUCCCACACCGAUCGCUCCUUCUGCAGAAGCGGGGUGGACAUCCUCCCGUGGAGACACACACAACCAGCUGAAAAUGAACUCCAGCCGGUGGAAAUGACUCUGGCCUUGGACACAGUGUCAGAGUCCAAGCCCAAAUGGCAGAAGACAGAAGAAAAACGAGACUUGCCAAAGGGGGAGUGAGUGGAAGACGUUUAGCAGCUAGGCUAAAGCAAUCUAACACCUCAGAUGACACAGAAGACUAUUCUCAUUUCAGGUUCUGAAUGUUUUAAACGUGCACAACAGUCUAAAUUUUAUGUGCUAUGCUGCAAGUGAAGGUUUCUUCUUUUUUAAUUAUUUUAGGUGGCAGUAUAACUGAAGUUUUAUGGGGAAUAUUCUAUAAAAAGAGGUUUCAAUCUCUUGCUAUUUUUGUAUUUUAGAAUAAUCAGCAUAAAUGUAAUCAAAGACAGCUUUACCUACAGAAACUAUUACCUAUAUAAAAUCUCUAUUACACUACUAUUAAAAAGUUUGGGAUCAAUAAUAUU